AUGGGCGCCACCAAUGGUAACGGUACGGCAACAAAUGGCCAUGCCAUCAAAAAAGAAGUUACAGACGCUGGGCUCAGGAGGUGGCCUACCAAGCCAAAGCGUAGAGGCUUCGUGCCAUGGAUACUGAAUGUCGUCGCGAGACUCGCUGCCUGGUUCGUCAUAUUCACCAUCCUCUUCCGUUGCCCUCCCACGCUCGAAGCCUGCGACCAGUCCUCACCGUCAAUCUGCCCCUACUACUUCAAGACCAAGAACAUCGUCUCUCCCCACGUCGAACCCUACUACCACCGCUAUGCCGAGCCCUACGUCGAGAUUGUCCAGCCCUACUACGAUUCUUUCAACGACCGCGUCAUUGUGCCCGCUCAUGGCUACGCCAUCCAGUACGGUGCUCCCUGGGCGGAGAAGGCCCGCGCCUACGGUCAGGCUCAGUGGGACAAGAACGCCCAGCCCCAGAUUGCUAAGGCGUGGGCUGUGGUUCAGACAAACUACGACCAGUUCGUUGCACCUCGCCUGUCGCAGGUUCAGGAGCUCGUCGGCCCUUAUUACGACACUGCCAGCACGAAUGCCGUCCUCGUUUAUCAAGAUGUCGUGCUGCCCGGUUAUGCCACCGUCCGACCUUACGCUACCCGUGGAUACCAGGUCGCCUCCGACUUCACAACUGGUACUGCCCUGCCUACCGCCUACCUGGCUUGGAACAAGACCUACGCCUUUGUCGAUAGUUCAGUUUGGCCUCAGGUGCGCGCCGCCUAUCUUGAGAAUGUAGACCCUCAGCUGGUCCGUAUCGGUGAGCGUCUCGGCCGCUACAAGAAUAGAGUCAAGGCCAAGUCCGCCCCUAGCAGGUCCGACAGUGACAAGCACGAGUCGUCAUUUGUCAAGCCCACCCCUAGCAGCCAGACGGCUACUCCCCCCACUCCCGAGCCCCCGUCCAAGGAGCAGGACGCCGCCGACUUUAUCUCCAAGCCCGUCGAGCCUCCCGUGGCUGCCGAGAACGAGUCGGAGAAGAGGAGGAAGGCACGUGAGAUGGUGACCAACGAUCUCGAGACCUGGCAGACAAAGUUUGCCGCCCGCGCCGACGAAGGAGCUCAGGACAUGGAGGACCGCGUCGAUGAGAUUGCCAAGCGCAUGAUUACCACCAAGGUCCAUACGACUGGCCGUUCGCUCACAGACAAGCUCGAGGCCACGGUCGAAUCAGAGAUGGCGCAACUUCGGGCUAAUAUCAUCAAGGCCGUCGAAGGAGUCGCCGCUGCUGCCGAGGGAACUAGCGCCGACGAGCUGGAGGCGACUGCCGAGGCCGAAACCGUCCAGGCCGUCCGGUCGGCGGGCGUCGCUAUCAAGGAGCAGGCCCAGGCAGUCCGCAAGUGGCGCCAGCUGUAUGACCUGGAGCUGCAGAAGACGGUCACCAAGGCUGCCGACGUGCACUUCCAGAUCCUCGACGAAACCCGCAAUCUGGCCCUGCAGAAGAUUGGCAUGCAGUGGGCCUGGACGGAUGGUGUCACCUACAAGGACUGGCGCAAGUACCACGAGCUUAAGCAGACGCUCCAGGAAUGGACCGACCAGCUCAAGCAGCUCAUUGUCACCCACCCAGCCCUCCUCGAGGCCCAAGACGCUUCGGCCGAAGUCGAAGACCAGUCCAUGGAGAUUGCCUCCCAAGCCGCUCGCGAACUAAGCAGGCUUAGGGAGACCAUCGCUGCCCCCGUAGCCGGAGCUGGCAUCCCCGACCCCGAUGUUCGAGGAAAGAAGCAGGGGUACGAGGAGCUCAUUAUUGGGGAGGCUUCGUCUACUGCUUCUGGUGAUGAUUCUGAGGUCACCAACGCAGUGUCCACCGCCUCCGAGGAGGAGACGGCUGCACCCAGCAGCUCCGAACUUGUGACUGAUGAAGAGACCUCUGAGUCUGCUACCUCGAGCGAAGUCGAACCUGAGUUCACCAUCCAGUCGGACCCCACUGUUGAGGCGGACGUUGUUGAGGAAUCUGCCGCUCCUGAGCCGGUCUCGAAAACUGAGAUGAUCGACGAGAAUAAGGAGGAUGGUGACAAUGCUGAGGAGAAGGAGAAGGAGAAGGAGAAGGAGGAGCAGGAGCAGGAGCAGGAGCAGGAGCAGGAGCAGGAGCAGGAGUGGGAUGGCGUACCCCUUUCCACCCCCGAGUCCGAGGUCGAGUCGGUCAAGACCCAGGUCGAGUCAGUCAAGCCCGCAAUGUUUGGCGCUGCUGCCCAGGCCGUAUCUAGCCGUGAGCCGGUGCUAGAGGGCUACGUUGACUCGGACGAGAACAAUGUGGCAUUCAGCGCCUCGGCCGUCAUGUCGAAUGCUCUUGCUGCAGCGUCUGCACAGUACUCUAGCGCCGUAUCGGUUGUGUCAGCUCAGAUUUACGGUACGCCCGAGCCAGUGCACGAGGAGCUCCUCUCAAGAGUGUCCAAGGCCUACAAGGACGCCAUCGUGGCCGCCAGCUCCCGUUUCAACAACGUCCUGGGCGCACAGGCCACACCCACGCCUACCAAGGCCGCGCCAUACGUGGACUGGGCCAAGGUCGAGUCCGUGGCAGCGGAGCGUCUUAACGAGGGCCGUCUGUGGGCCGAGUUGCAGUACCAGAGCGCCGUGAUUGCGCUCGGUCUGCCAACACCGACACCGACACCCACGUCCCAGUCGCAGCGGUACCUCGACGAGGCUAGGAAGAACUACUAUGCCGGCAUCGGCCUCGCACAGGAGCGCUACUCGAGCUUCCUGGCGGAGGCAUCAGCGGCCAUGUCAUCCUUGACAGCCACGCCGUCGCCCACGGCCACGAAUUUCGCAGCCCAGGCCUCAUCUGCCAUCUCGGCUGCCUUCUCGUCGGCCGACCAGGCCUAUUCGUCUGCCGUGAACAGUGUGGGUGAUGCCGUACGGGCCGUGGACGAAGGCGUGGCCUCUGCCUUUGACGCCGCCAGCGAGCAGGUCUACCUCACCGGCGGGCAGGUGGCAGAUGUAUGGGAGAAUGUGGUGGCGGACCUUAACCACCGCAUCUAUGGUGGGGAGGAGCAGAAGCACAUUGGCUGGUACGACUCGCUUGUGGGUGAGGCUGACAAGGAGGAGACGCAGCGUGAGGCCGUGGGCGAGCUCGUGUCAGAGCUUGUACGCGGGAAGGAGCCGUCAUUUACGCAGAGCGUCAUGUCCCGUCUCAGCGAGGUUUAUGCCACUGCUACAACCGCUGUCGAUCGUGCUAUGGGCCGUGAGAAGGAUGAGUUGUGA